AUGAUUAACAUUCGAUUACAUUUGAUCACAGAUAUUCUUUUAAGAUUCAAGGAUAGUCAUGGUGGCUUCAUGUGGUGUGCUGGUGUUGGCAGAAUCAACAGGGCUCCAUUAGAAGAGGAUGCUGAGAUGCUCUUCUCACCAUCGUUCAUCUCCAAAAAUGGAGUUAGGAGUGAUAGAGACAAAGAAAGGGGUACCCGUGAAAUAAGAGACAAAGAUAGGGAUAAAGAUAGGAGCAGGGAGGAUAGAAAUGGAAAGGGUAGAGAUGAAGAUAGAGAAAGAGAAAGAGAAAGAGACAUAGACAGAGGUGGUGAUAGUGAUAGGGAGAGGGACAGAGUGAGGAUACCAGUAAUGGCCCACCAUAUUCCGGGUAACAGUUGCUACAAGCACAACAUCCAAGGAGGUAACAAUCUUGUGGAAAGGACUUAUGAAUCAGAUGUUAAUGGUAACAAGUUUAACACUCGAGUCCAUACGAUUAGAUGUUAA